CCAUGAUCCAAGGCAAUCUCGAAGGCCCUUUCGAAAAUAUCGAGAAAAGGUCAGAUACGGUGGUAGACCGGAGCAUCCUUGACCACCUACGAUAUGAUCCCGAGCAAACGUAUCACGGCUCUACCUGGGCUACCGCAGACAAAAUUUGCCAACCAUUGCUUGUACUUCCGAACGAGGACAAGAUCUCGGACUCUGCGACGAGGCGCGCGAAGCUCGACGAGCAGAUCGCCUCCAUUCACAAACAGCUUUCGGCUCUGAAAUCUCAUCGCAAUUCACUGGCUGGCAUCUCUAGCAUCCCUGACGAAGUGCUUGGAGAUAUACUUCUGCUCUACGCUCGGAAUACCUACACCCUCUACAACGCCAGAUGGGCCAAGCUCAUGCUGGUUUGCCGUCAUUGGCGAGCAGUUGGGAUGGCCACCAUUGCGCUCUGGAGCAGUAUCGAGUUCGGAACAUACUUGCCCCAGUCGAUAUCACCCUUUGCGUUGCUGCACCGUCCUGGCGCGCAUCUACUCAACAUCUCCAUCUACGACAACAAUUCCACUUUCACACUGGAAAAUCUGCCACUCCUCGCGCUCAUCAUGGGGCGCAUACAUUCGCUUCACGUGACAUCCACGAAAGAUGCCUUGGAACACCUUAUCGAGGCCCUUGCGCACGAGAAGAGACAUAAUCUUCGAGCACUUUCCCUCUGGCUCUGUGCUGAAGAAGAUGGAGAAAUGCUUAUCGCGCCCAGCUCCUGGACGGACAACAUAUCAUGCAACAUCCGCGUCCUAAACCUCAGAAACAUUGUAUUGGACUGGGGUAGGCUCAGAGACCUCAGCACCCUCACCAUACGAUACGAUACAGUGCUUACGCCGCCACUGGGGGUCUGUCUAGUGCUGGAUAUGGUCCGUCUCUCGCCGAGGUUGACCAUGUUGCGCUUAGACCAUUGCAUGACCAUGCCUAGCGGCCACGAAAGCGACCUUGCCAUGGUCGAUCUACCAUUCCUGCACACUCUCGACCUCCGUGGUCGCGUUGCCGUAUGCACAGCACUCAUUUCGCGUUUGCACUUCCCUCGCGAUUGCUACAUCAUACUGCACACCUGGGGGAUCAAUAACACGCCCCGAGCGCAGCCACUCCUUGAUAUCCUGCGCCCCCGUUAUCUGUGCCCAGUCAAGCCACCUUUCCGCCUGCUGCAGCUCGAUUUCUACGCGCCCGGGGUGACCUUUGCCUGGUGCAACGACACUACAUUACGGAACUCCACAGAGUUGUAUAAUACCCUGAAGAACUCGCUCAGGCUUACUAUCCAUCCCCGAGAUGAGCCUUCCCUCCGGCGCACCGCGCGGGCCAUUUUUCGCUCCCUCCCCGCAGCGGCUAAAGUGGAGGUCCUCGACAUUCGCAACUCUUGGCAAGAUCUAUCGAUCCUCACAUGCGUCCAUCUGCUCGGCUCUCUGCGUGACCUCAGCGCCAUUGUCUUUUCCACCUUUCCCUUAACUCUUUCCAUCAUUGAUGUUCUACGAGUCCACUUCGUUGAAUACCUCGAGACCGGCGUUGGACCAUCACCGCUGCAGCGGAUACAUUGGGAUAGGGGGCACACCAGGGUAGACGGUAACACCUCCCUGGAGCUUAAAAAAGGCAUCGAAGGCCUGCUUCUAGCAUUGUUAUGGCAAUAUACGGACGCGGGCGUCUAUCUACAAGAGCUUAUCAUCGAAGAUGCCACGGAACAGUUGCCUUGGGAAACUCUUCGAGCUCUCGCUCGACAUGUCGUGGGAGGGGUAGUCGUAGCGAACGGGGUACGCACAAAGUUAUGGAGCAGCGAUAUCGCCCCCGUACAAACAUGAGCACCAGAUGUUCCGGUCACAGCAGUACAUUUACCAGAGAUCUAAAGCGAGAGGCAUUGACCGCGGGUUCAGGACUUCCCUCAUGAUGUCAACAUUCACCUCGGACGCGUACAUGCAGCCUGCGAUAAUGCUACAAAUUCAUUAGACCUUUCACUUGUGCGUUUCCCAUUCCGCCAGCGUGAUGCAGUCAGCGGAGAUCGUGGCCGCGUACGCGGGGGGAUAUCUCCCGCCCUGGACCUCAGCCUUCUUCACUAGCUCCGUCAGCGUCGCCACAUCCUCCGCCUUGAGCUGGAUAUGCGCCGCCUUGGCGUUCUCUUCUAGCCGAGUAGG